AUGGAUCCCAACGCCGACGUGCUACGUGGUCUUCGCAUCACCUCCCUUGACGACGAAGACGAUGAUGAAACAGAACUGCCCAACCAACCUCUGCCCACUACCACCGCGACCCUGGCUGCGGCCGCCUCGGGCUAUGACGACGAGGACGAGGACGAAGAUGAAGAAGCGGAAGUCAUGCUUGGUUUCCUGGAGAAGCCGAAGCAUCCAGGCCUCCUCCUCCGCCACCUCUUUCCUAGCAAGGCCGGAGGCAUCCCGGCGUGGUUGGAUCCCGUGAACUUGCCCUCGGGGAACUCCAGCUGUUGUGGCUUCUGCGGCGAGCCCCUGCACUUUGUCCUCCAGAUUUAUGCUCCGAUUGAGAACAAUGCAGCAGCAUUCCACCGCACUCUGUUCAUGUUCAUGUGCCCAUCGAUGGCAUGCUUGCACCGAGACCAGCACGAACAGUGGACACGCAACCAAGGCAAUCCUCGUAGAAGCGUGAGGGUUUUCCGGUGCCAACUGCCUCGUGCCAACGCGUACUACUCAAGUGAACCUCCAAGUCACAAUAACUCUGACAAGCCACUAUGUGCCGGAGCUGCUCUCUGUCAUUGGUGUGGUACAUGGAAAGGGGAUAAAAUAUGUGGUAGCUGCAAGAAAUCACGUUACUGUUCUGAGAAACAUCAGGCACUGCACUGGCGGUCUGGUCAUAAAAAUGAUUGCCUACAGAUAAUCAAUUCUUCUGAAGCUUCAAGUUCUGUGCUACCAGCUGUAGGGAAAGUUCCAGCUAGGACUUCUUGGCUGGAAUAUCAGAUAGCCAUUGACGAUGAAGUUGAUUUGGAUUCUGAUGGUUGUGAUGAAAACAGCUCAAAGUCCUUUGCUGACAACCGAUGCUGGGCAUAUUUUCAAGAGCGUAUCUCAAGAGCACCAGAGCAAGUAUUGAGAUACUGUCGAGAUCCAAAUGUAAAACCUCUGUGGGCUUUAUCAGCUGGGCGUCCAUCAAAUGCUGACAUCCCUUCAUGUAGCUACUGUAAAGGUCCACUAUGCUAUGAAUUUCAGAUAAUGCCACAAUUGCUUUAUUACUUUGGUGUGAGAAAUGAACCAGACUCUCUUGAUUGGGCAACAAUUGUUGUGUACACAUGUCAAGGAUCAUGUGAUCAAAAUAUUAGCUACAAGGAAGAGUUUGCAUGGGCUCAGUUAUAUCCUACGUCAAUCUCAAGGCCGUAG